UCCGACCUUUGUAUGCUACCCCCGAUCCAGCAAUAAUCAUUUGGAUGAUGGAAGAUGCCCUUGCAUUUUUCGGCAGGUCUAUAUAUUUUGAUAACGCCAUCGAGAGGUACAGAGCUGCGUCAACUCCUCUCUUUCAGUCUCAAAUCAUUCCUUGACACCCAAUGCUCUGAAUGGAGGAUUCACGCCUUGCCUCGAACAAAGCAUCCGGCCCUCGACACUGACACUGCCACGGUGUAUAUCCGUCAGUCAUGGCCUCCUCUGAUUCCUACAAGCCACUGCAUGCCACCCCCGAUACCAGGUCGGAAACAUCAUCCGGUUCUGGGCACGUACACCACCAUGCACCAAACAGCCUCAAAACCCCCAAAGCCGCCGACAAGGAGCCCGCAACCAGGGGAGACAGCCAGCCAGACGAGACCAACAGGGCCACCAAGGCUCUCUUGCUGCUCUCGGUGAUCCUGAGCGUUUUCCUCAUUGCUCUCGACAGGACCAUCAUCUCAACGGCCAUUCCUAACAUCUCCAACGAAUUCGGCUCGCUCGACGACGUCGGCUGGUACGGCAGCGCCUAUCUGCUGACGUGCUGCGCCUUCCAGCUGCUCUUUGGCAAGAUCUACACCUUCUUCUCCGUCCGCGCCGUCUUCCUCGCCAGCGCACUGCUGUUUGAGGUUGGCUCGGCCGUCUGCGGCGCGGCGCCCAACUCGGAGGUCUUCAUCUUGGGCAGGGCGAUAUGCGGCGUAGGCGCUGCAGGGCUGUUUGGGGGGACUUUUGUCAUCGUCAUCUAUGUCGUCCCCUUGCACCAGCGGCCCAAGAUCCAGGGCAUGUUUGGCGCUGUGUUCGGCCUGUCUGCCAUUAUUGGGCCUUUGAUCGGAGGCGCAUUCACGUCCAACGUAACAUGGCGGUGGUGCUUCUACAUCAACUUGCCCAUUGGCGCCCUCACCAUGUUGGUGAUUGCAUUGUUUCUCAAGGUCCCAGACCGCGACACCACGAAGUUGCCCCUUAGGGCAAAGAUUCUGCAGCUUGACCUUGUCGGGACGGCCGUGUUUGUCCCUGGGGUUGUCUGUCUGUUGUUGGCACUUCAGUGGGGUGGUCCGACCUACCCUUGGAGCGAUGGCCGCAUCAUUGCGCUCCUGACCCUGACAGGCGUCUUGCUGGUGAGCUACGUCGCGGUCCAGGCGAUCUUCACGUCAACAGCCACUAUUCCCGGACGUAUUAUCAAGCAGAGGAGUAUCGCUUCUGGGCUCUGGGCGACGGUGUGCAUCCAAUCGGGCAAUUACAUCUACAUUUACUUCCUGCCUAUCUGGUUCCAGGCCAUCCAGGGCGUGUCCGCCGUCGACUCCGGCAUCCGGCUGCUACCGGCCAUGCUCUCCACCGUGGUUGCGUCCAUCUUCGGCGGCUUCCUCAACGCCAAGGUCGGAUAUUACACGCCUCUCGGCAUCGUGGGCACCUGCAUCAUGGCCGUCGGAGCGGGCAUGCUCACAACGCUCCAGGUCAAUUCGGGAGCGGACAAAUGGAUCGGUUACCAGGUCUUGUACGGUCUCGGCCUCGGGACGUGCUUUCAGGUUCCCAACCUCGCGGCGCAGACGGCCCUGCCCCAGGUCGAUGUGCCCAUGGGCAUCUCACUCAUGUGGUUUGGCUCGCUCGUCGCCUCAGCUGUCUUUGUCUCGGUCGGCGAAAACGUCAUGAGCAACCAACUGGUGCAGCGGCUGUCUGGGUUCCCUGGAUUUGAUGUCAACCUGGUGACCUCCGGGGGCGUAACGGCGUUGCUCGACUCGCUGCCCAAAGACAUGCGCGCGCCGGCUCUCGUGGUCUACAACGAGGCGCUUCGGGUCGUCUUUAGAAUCGCGCUGAUUGUCUCGUGCUUGGCUAUCCUUGGGACGGCCACGCUCGAGUGGCGGAGUGUCAAGAAGCCGCAGCCUGUACAACCGGUGGAGACAACAGGUGAUGCUGAGUUGAAGAAUGUCAGAAAGACGGCAGAUGAGGAAGCCUCGACCAAGUAAGGGGAUGGAGCGUGUGCUGAUUACACAACAUGUACAAUAAAAAAGGUCAGACGCUCGGUAUACAACUGAUUGCAUCUAGGUAGUAGACGAUAUAGACCAGACACACGGCUG